UGCCCAGCUAAUCUGCUCUCUCCCUCAGGCCUGGGUCCCAUACUUGCACACUUGCUGACGAGUAGUCUCGGGUAUGCUCCAUCCGCCGCCAGCAAGCGCUGCUCUGCAAUCACUCCGCCUCUCCUGCGCCUGCACAAUCUUUGUUGCACCUCCUCUGCCAUUCGCAUCCGUCUUCAACGCCUUCCCAUCAUCUCCGGCUCGUCCAGUUUCCAGCAACACUCAAGUCGGACUACCAUGCAACGUAUCCCAUCAACUGUCCAUCUGCAUCACGUACAAGGAGUGCCAACUCGUGCUUUCUGCCGUCUCAACCAUGCAUUGGCAGGCAUGUGAUUCUGUCUCAACCCCCCUCACCUCACCGGUAAGCUCUACUUUAGGUGAACAUGAAGACCGACGCACUAUCUAUCAGAGCACAAAUGCACCGCAGAAAUCAGAAACACAUGCAGUCAUGAACACUUGUUUUGGGCUCGCGAUUUGUACAUCUGUGGAGCAUCCGACGCAGCAUCAUGUUACCCCUGCAGAUCCGACCCCAGAGGUUUGGAGCCUAAUACACUAUACCUUAUCAGAAAGGGCUGUUAUUUGCGAGUGAAUUAUUCAGCCCCCGAACUAUGCUGGGCCAUUGAAUGGAUGUGCUCUAUGCUCAUGAGUGCGAUGAAUUGAUUGAUUGACUAUUCAAUGGGAUUGCCUGAGUACGCAUGUGACCAUUCUGGGUCUGUGUUCCCAAUGGUUACGUGUGUACCAAAACUCUCCCAUGUUGAGAGGAUAUAUGUAUGAAGAAGAGAAAUACCCGAUGAAAAACCAUGUAAUGCCCAUAAAGUCGGAUACCCGUAAACCAUGCCGAGCAAACUCCUACAAUGAGAAGUAGAACACUUGGGUUCACUGCGCGACCCAAAACCCGAGCUCAUUCCAUUCCACUCCAGCCCUCUUUCCAGCUGGAAGAGGGAAUAUACCCAACUUGUCUUUCUUGUGCCUCGUGACCAUCCUUGCGCACAUCUUCUUGGUGUUGGUGCAGGUAUCGCAGCAACGUUCAAUGAGUCCUGGCUCGUGUGUGUAGGCUGGAAGGUUUUUGUAGUAGCCAUAAACCCCGUUGCUCAGACAGCGAAGUCGAUCUAAGCCGUUGGCAUUCUUAAGCACCUUGCGGUACCAAGCCUUGCAUUUGUCGGUACGACCUGCAGUGCAGUACGUAGAAUGGAAGUGCGCCUCCAAUUCCUCCCUGACUGAAUCUGGAAGCUCACGGAAUGACUUCCAGCUUCCGCGUUUGGGUUUCGCCUUGUCCGGCACGUAGAUGAUCCAUUCGAGGCUUGGGAAAGGAUCGAUGCUAGUUUGGCCAAGCUGAGGUCCAUGAUCGGACUUGGAACGAGCAGUAGGUUUCUUCCGCGGGGGCUUGUCUCCUUCCUGAUAUUCCUCGUCCGACUCUACUACGCGCUUCCUCGAAGACUUCUUUGUAGUUUGCCCUUCAAUAGAGACUGCUUCAGGAUCGGGAGUCGAUGGUUUGAUGAAGUCGGAACCCAUGCCAUCAUCACCAUAUUCACCGCUGUGAUUAUCACCAUUCUCUGCUUCGUGGUUAGUCCGAAUCGUGGUUUAGUGUGUUCACCGUUCACUGGCACGCGUCUAGCCAUAAGUUCAAUCUCAGCGUCGAUAUCAGCGUGAACCAUGAGGCCGAACAUGUACAUAAUGAUAAGCUCUCGCUGGUAUCGGGUCAGACUUGUGUCCCACACAGACACAGCUAACUUGCGGAGGUCCUCGUUAUCCAGGAGCUGAACAAACCGAGGAUUGUCGAACACCACCCUCGCAGCAUUGACAGGCUUCGGUUUCGACUCUGGCAUUUCGGGUGGUUGAUCCAUGGGCAGAUGUGCAAGUGAUGAGAGCAGUGCCCGAAGCUGGUAGGAAAGACGGUCGCAGAAGAGAGGUAGGUGGAGAUGACGAAGUCUGGUAGCAAUGUUUGUUUGUCUAUUUAUAUGAGAGCGAGCAGAGUCAAAAAGGUAAGCCAAACGGAUUGUCCCUCUCUCACUGUUUGACUGAACUGCCGGUUUGCACUUCACCUCUACCUUUACUUUUUUUUUUCCAUCACCAGCCAAACCCCUCCUGCU